AGGAGGAGGGGCUGCCUUUAUCCGCCCCCCCCCCGUCCUGGUGCGGGGGUCCCGCUGCCGCCCAGAGGCGGGAGGAGGGGCGGGCGGGCCUGGCGGCGCCCAACGGGCAGCAGCAGCAGCAGCAACAGGCCGAGUCAAUGGCCGCCGCCGCGGCGCCGCCGCCGGUCCCGCCCCCGGCCGGCCCGCAGCCCUCCCCGCGGGCGGCGCAUGCAUGUGUCCCUCUGGCUGGCUGGUGGCAGCUCGGGAGGAGCCCGGCGGCGGGAGCGGGAGCCCCAGUCCAGCCCGCCCAGCCCAGCGCCGCUCCCGCCCGCCCGUCCUCCGCCCGCCGGCCUGCCAGCCAGUCCCCGCCGGGCUCUGCCUCGCUCUCUCUCUCCGGCCGCCUCCUCCGGCACUGCGGCCUGGCGCUCGGCUCCGGGAGCGGCGGGCAGGUGAGGCGGCGGCGCUGCGGGCGGGCCGGCGGGGGCGGCCCCGAGGAGGGUUUCCAGCCAUGCGAAUUGAUCUCCAGGACUGGCGUCCCCAGGAGACUCCUGCUGGCCAGCCCUGCAAGGCUGGAAGAACGAGCUGCCUGAAAAGCUGGGCCUCUGUCGGCCCUCUGGUUAUCCACUAGGAUGUUUCUGAUGAACCCCUCUCCUCUGGUAGCCCUUCAGAGACAAUGGGAGCCCUUUGCGCCAGCAAGGAGCUGUAGGUAUCCCAUCUGCUUCUCCGAAUCGGAAGAUGACAUUGCUAGAACGACUGUGAGCGCCAAAGUCCAGAUGAUCAUAAACAACCUGCAGAGCGACGAGUCCUCCCUGGGCACCAGGGACGGCUAUGGCUGUCUUAUGCAGAAGAAGCGGAAAGGUACCAAGGGCAGGGGCCACAAGCUCAAGGGCAGCGGGAGGGGGCUGCCGGGACGCAUCCAGUACGCCCAGCGCAACUGCCCUGCCGACUCGGAUGGCAUGGAGGUGGAAGAGAGUUCCGAGUUUGGACCGCUCUCGCUGAAUUCCGACAGCGACGAUUCUGUCGACCGAGACAUCGAGGAAGCCAUUCAGGAAUACCUGCGGAAUAAAGGCCAGGGUCCUCAGCCCUUGCCGAGCAGUACCAAGAGUCCCCACAGCCUGGGUGGAGGCCAGAGGGUCCAACAGGAACGUCUUCCACGCGAUGCAGCUUGUAACAUGUUCCCUGCACAUGUGAAAGCAGACGUGGUCCAGCAACACCUUGCCCCUGAUUACUUGGCAGACCCAACACUCCAGUGGGCCCCGUCCCCCUGCAGUGUGAGCAGUGAUGAUUCUUUUGAACAGAGCAUAAAAGCUGAAAUCGAGCAAUUCUUAAAUGAGAAGAAGCAGCAAGCAAGAAAUAAGGCCAGCGCAGCGGGGAGCAAGAGACUUGAUCAGAAAGAGGCCCACGAGAAGUUGGCCAUUAAGAGCCAGAAAGAAGGGGCUAACCGAGGGAACCGGAGCUUUCUAAAGCAAAGGGGCCAGCAUCCUGAAUUCCAGAACGGCAGCACUUCUCCUCAGUGUUUGAAGUCCAAAGCCGGUGAAGAGCUUGCCGACUUCCAGAAAGCCAGCCAAGCACACUUGGAAGCUGACCAUCCCUGCAUCCUGGAGCCGAGUAAGGAAGGCGCGAUCGGGCAGAAGCUGUGGAAAGCCAGCGGAGAACAAAGACUUGAAAUAAUAGAUGUGUCUGAUUCGAGCAGCGAUGAUGGCAUUGAAGAAGCUAUUCGGCUUUAUCAGCUUGAGAAGAUCAGGAAAGAAGCCGGUUCCAAAACAAGCUGUGUGCCUUUUCCAAAGGAGGAGUUCGGGGCCAGUGGGGUGGCAGAUAUCUCCGCAAGCCUGACCAUCCAUUCCGUGAAGAGUGCCUUGCCAGAAACCCCUCGAAAAGCUCCAGGCAGCAGGAGGAGGCAGAGCAGUUCCAAGGCCGCAGAACUGAACAGGGCUGGGGCCGUCUGGCAUGAGCCAGGCAAGGGCGGGAGCGGCAUCUCUCCAGCCAGCAGUUUGGCCAAAUGUGCGGUCACCUUCCAGGCCUCUUGCCGAGCGGACACCGCGGCCGAGCUGAUGUGUGCCGAAGCCAUCCUGGAUAUCUCCAAGACAAUCAUACCUCCCACUGUGGGAAGUGACAGUGGGUCCCUCGUGACAGGCCCGUUCUUCUGCUCCCAAGGCGUGCCUUCAUCCCAGCCGGAGAGUGACAGCAAUGCUGUGGACAGUGAUGACAGCAUUGAGCAAGAAAUCAGGGCGUUUCUGGCUGUCAAAGCGCAGACAGAAUGCUUGAUGGCAAAAUCCAAAGACCACCUGCCUGCUGCCCCGUAUCUUCCCCCCAUUGGGCAACCUGAUGAUCGGGCCAGAAGCCCCAAGCCUCCCAUCCCCCCAACAGUACAACUGUCACUGAGUCGGAAAAGGAAACUUAAGAGGGAAAACACAGCAUCCAGGCAGGGCCAGGGCAAACAGCUGAAACUGUCAGAGAUGGGCUAUAGCCACUCAAAAAUCUUUGCAGCCCCAAAGGAGGAUGGCGUACACAUUCCAAAAAGUCAUGAAACCGUAGAGGCAGUUUGGUCCCAGCAAGACGCUCUGGCCCCUGUCAGUUCUGUGGAGUUUGCCAACUCUCUGUCCCAGGGACUGCUUGGGGCAGAAGGCCUCGUGAAACAUGCAGCCCGGGGCCCCCAGAAAUACGGUGCAGGCGACAAGAGCAGCUCUUUAGACAGCGAUGAGGAUCUGGAUACCGCCAUCAAAGACCUCUUGAGGUCCAAGCGGAAGCUGAAGAAGAAACCCAAAGACCAAAGAAUUCCCUGCAAGAAGAAGGUCAGAUUUGGUGACACGGAAAUGCACAUCUUUGAAGACCAACCGUAUGGACUCCAAGGAAGGGCUUGCAGAUCCCAGACGCCCCGCUUGCUGAAAAGCUGCCUCACAAGAUCCAGAAGAGAUGUCGGAGAGGAGACAUCUGCAAAGAGCAGGGCUCAGGGUGGUGUUGGGGGAAAGCCAACAAGUGCAAGGAGCAUCCCGGGUGCGUUGGAACUUAAUCAGGAGUGCCCACCGAAACUGACCUCUGGGCCAGAUGGCCAAGAAGUGUCUUGGACGGCUGCCUCCUUGACUGAUGACAGCAGCUCUGUGGAUAGCGAUGACAGCAUUGAGCAAGAGAUCCAGAGGUACUUGGCAGAGAAGGCCAGAGACUCAGCCAGGUGUGUGGAGAGAGCAGGGCCUGACAAGAGGGUGGAGGUCGAACUGGGAGCAGUCCGGCCCGAGUCCGUUCCUCUGAAAGCAAAGCGCCAGCCCUUGGCGGGGAGAGGCACUGCCUUCCUGAAACAGAGUAAAAAAACGACGAAGGUGGGUCCCUCGGGAAACCCUCCUCGUGCUGGUGGGCCCACAGUACCGUCUGCAGAAGGCCCCUGCAGCCGGGCUGCAGUCCAGUUGCAGCAGGCAGGCCAAGGGGUUGUGCAGGCCAAGGGUGCCAGCUUACCUGUGGAAAGAACAGCAGCAGAGCACCAGGGUGUCUGUGAUCGCCAGCCAGGGAAAGACAAAGCUGAGAAGCACAAACUGCCAAGCUGUUCUAAACCCAUGGCUUCUUUCAAAAGAGAGAGCUCGUAUGAGUUCAAAAUCUCCAGCAAGUUCAUAGCAGGCCUCAAAAGUGUGCAGAACAAGAAGAGAUCAGUGGUGGUGGGGAAAAGGCAGAGCCUCGAGUUGUCAGUCCUCCAGAAGCGGGGGAGUCUCUUGGCAGCGAGCUUGCUGGGGGAGAGGUGUGAGGCCAUCCUGCAGAGAGGGGUCCUGGGCCCCAGGAGGAGAGAGGCCGGAGUCGGAGGGGUGGGCCUCUCUCCAAGGGGCACGGCUGAGGGGCUGCAUUGCGCUGCGUCAGGGAGGCCUGAACCAGCCGAGGCUCCCUCUUUCCACCAGGAGGGGGUCAGUCUUGCAAAAGGGACUCCUCCUGCAAGAGACCUGGAGCCUUGUGAUGCCAGCCGAGGCCCUCCGGUCCCGGAGUCCGGCGCAGGUGGUGCCCGAGUUGGCCCGGGGCUCCUGCAUGCUGAGGCCGCAGUUGAGGAGGAGAACGGGAGCCAGCCCCAGGGGCACGGCUGCUGCUGCUGCUGGGAGGGACAUCCAGCCCCCAGCAAGCCUGGCCACUCGCCUCUGAAAGAGACAGCCUGGACCCUCCCGGUCAGGAUAGCCGAGAGCCCCACCCAGAGAGCUCUAGAGGCAGGUCCUGCAGCCUUGAUGGACGUCCCUGGGGCGGAGCACGCCCGUCGCGGGGUGGAAAACAAGGCCUCCCGUUUCUUCUCAAGUACCACCAUUGAUCCAGGAUGGACAGUUUUGCCGUACAUCACUCUGUCCCCAGCGCAGCUGUGUGGAAACCCAGCCCUAAACAUGCUGAGUAGAAGGAAAGCACUCCAGGUGCUUGGUGAGAAACCCAGAGUUGGUGGGAAUGCCAGGAGGACAGGAUCCACUCGGCAGUAGUGUCUCGUGCGGGGAGAAGAAAAACGUCCGCCAGAGAAGAAGGAGAAGAAACGCAUCCUGCAGCUCCUUGCCCCUGCGGGGGUAUUCUGCAAGCCUAGAAGCCAAGCCACCUUGGAGGAAGCCGAGGGUGGCUCUUCGGCCUCACUUCCUCCUCCCUCCUCUGCGGGAGUGAUGUGGUCUACUCUGCACAGCCAAGCCGGCCCUUGCGGACAGCGCCUGCCCUGGUAGUCGUCCUGCACGUUGUGGCAAGUACCAAAGGAUGCAGCCGGUGGUGUGAACGUUCUUAAAGCCAUUCUGGUCCCAAAGCUUGACGUUUGGGCCCGGUGCUAUGAUCCGGUGCUUGUCCUUCUCCUUACCCAGAUGGUUCAUUCCAGCGGUCAGGACUGAGGUUCUUUGAUUCUCCUUCUAGUAUUUUACUUCCGUCUCAUCUAAGGUUUAGAUUCCGGAGCCCCGCGUUUGGGACUCAUCCCUCCAAAGGAUUCCGGGGUGAGUGAAACUCCCCCGUUGACUUUCUUUGGGAAUUUGAGGUGCGGCUGUUGUACCAUCAGUGGCGCUUUCUCUUGGUGAUGGUGGCCAGCGCAAGCAGGCUGAGCAGUGGCAAGGGGGUGCCGUGCGGCGGGGGGAGGGCAAGCGAGCGGAGGUCCAGACCCUGCACGAGCCCCUAGCCCCCCUUCCCUGGUUAUCCGGGGCUUGGGAAAUUAAGGGGCAGAGAGGGCUCUUUUGCCUCUGUGUGAUGGGAAGGUGGGAGUUGGGCUCCCCAGCAAGUGUCUUGCCUGCAGGAUCCGGAUCCAGCCUUGCCCGUCACCCCUCGAGGCUCCCUUGUGUGGUGGGGGGAGGUUCUGUUUGCACCCAGCAUUGAGGUUCGGAGUCCUCUGAAGACCCAGGAUCUGAGAACAAGCACAGCCCUAACGAGCGCCAGAUCGGCCGUUGCUUGCUCCCCAUCCAUGAGCUUCAGAAGCCUUUCCAGCCACAAAGGCGGAGUUUUGCCCUUGCCCCCCUUGCUGCCUCUGUGCGCCCCGAUGACUUUUGGCUCACGGCUGGACCACGGUGGUUGUAAUAAAAACAAGAGUUGAUGUUUCUUUGGAGUCUGCUUAACUGGCACGUCUGCAGAAGCGACACUGUUGGUUUUUUGGGGAGGAGAUGCCCAAGGCAGAGCCCGACUCCGAGCUCUGUUGGCUCCAGAGGGCCUGGGGGAGACCCACAGUGCCCCCCCCGAGGAGUGGUCCUUUCCAAGACAGCCACAGCCAGGAGAGCACAACCAGGAGCCAGUAAAAGGGGCCGCACAAGAGAUGUUGCAGGGCUGGCGAUACCCAUCUGCUUGCUUGGUUACCUGGAUUCUGGAUUCUCAGGCAUGGCGGCAUGUUUGCUGCCUGAGCAGGGAGGAUCCACCACCGUGCAGGCCCAGAGCCCUGGGAAAGGCGCUGACCCGGAGUGCAUUGCAGGACACACCAGGGCCCACAACGGUGUUUGCAGAGUGAGUUGGGCUCCUGGGCUGGGAGCAGCCGCAGGCACCCCCACUGGGGGUGGGAAGAGCCAGCCUCUCCAGUAGGAGGAGUGCCUGGCAAGGCGUGGAGGUGGCCAGCCUGGGAGACUGGGCGGCCAGGUGUGGCAAGGGAGCCACCGGCGCAGACUGGUGCUUUUAUAAAUGUGAGCCAGCCACCCAAUAAAAUGCCUCCCCAAAA